UUAAACUGCAGGCAAUCGAUUGAUGCCGGCUCAUUCUCUUCCUACCAUCUGUUUCAUAUCUUCAGCGUGAAAUUCGGAAAACAAUGUUUCAUUUAAAAAAAACAAAAAAAAGUAUAUUGAAAGUCAUCGCCUUGCUGCUGGCGCUCCUCGCGACGUUUCUGAGCGAAGGUGAAGCGGGUGACUUGACAGCCGAAGCUUCACAGCAGAAAAUCUACGAGAUCAUUGACAGCCAUGAAAACCACAAAUAUGGCGAUCAUGGAGGGCAUGAAUACGAAGAAGGCGAAAUUGCCCAGAAGCAAGCCAGUCGCAAGAGGUACGGAUAUUUGCCCGUGAACGCUGAGAGCAAAGUUCCCGUCUACUAUGACGAUGCGCCCAAGUAUGGUCUCGCUUCAAAGGAAAACCUCUAUCGCGAGAAUGUUGCAGCUUAUGCUCCAAAAGUUUCACCUGCUCACUUAGCAGAUGCACCUCAUCAGGUCAUAGCAAGUCCUAUCAGCCACUCUCACUAUGCUAUAGUAGAUCCCAUCACUAAAAACCACCAAUACGUUAUAUUCAAAGGACCAAAACCUCACUAUGAGAGCCCUCAGGCAUUCCAUCCAAAAUCUUCUUACAUAUUAGAAGAAAAACCACACUAUGUAGUUUCUGAUCACAACAUUGUAACCAAACCCAUCGUUCCACAUUUCCAUCCUCCAUUGAAAGACUAUUCACAUCACAGCGAUCGUCAUCUUCUCGACAAGAGCCAUCACACCUCUGGGCACGGCCACUAUGACGACAACAGUGCUCACGGAGGAUCGGAGCACAAAAGCCACAAGAAACAUGAAAUUUCAGGACAUAAAUCGCAUUCCGCAUCAGGUGGGCACCGCGAUGAACAUGAUCAUCAUCAUAACAGGGCCCACUACGAGCGUGACCGCGGCUACCACUACGAGAAGGCCUACGCUUACGACAGAAUCAGGGCUGAUCACGACAUCGGUUCCAGCAAGGGCGCACAUUCAGACUACAAGUCGCACCACGACCAGGAGGGCUAUAAGAAUUUGGGAAGCCACGGGGCGCACGGGAAAUCCUACUUCAAAAAGCAUGGUGAGCAUGGCGAGUAUGGUCAUCAGCAUAACAGCGCUCUGUACAAAGGAGGUCACCACGCCGGCGGUCAAGGAUACCACGAUCAUGGGCUCAAGUAUCUCUCUCCCCAUCAUCACGCUUACGGAAAAUAAUUGCGAAAGUGGAAAUCAAUCGACAAUGAAGGUUUAAAACAAUGGACUCCAUUAUCUGCGCCCGCUUGUUGCGACCAGACUUCACAAGGAGAUGGAAGAAACUUCCUUUUGGAUUUUCAGCUCUCCCCACUCACUCGCUUUGUCGAAUUUUAGGUCAUUCAUUGUGUUUUCUUUAAGAAACAAAUUCAUCGGCCUCGUGAUUUGGAAUUUACAGUCGUUUCCAAAGCAGGAAAAAAAAGAGAGAGAGAGAGAAUGAGGCGCUUAAAGGGAAAAUGAUGCAAGUUUUAUUUUACGAGGAAUUCCAUAAUGUAACUUUAAUAAUAGUAUUUUUGGUCAACAUGUGCAUUGAAUAAAUCGCUGUUAUUUAAUUUCACGUGGAUUGUAGUUUAAAACGCAGUGGGUGCGUUCCCUUCCUAAGGGAUUUUUUUUAAA